AUGAAGACUCUCGACGUCAAAGGCUCAUUUCUUUAUGUGAAGCUGGCCUCUCUUCUGCGGACAAGCAAGUCUUCCUUCAUAACGGGCGCAGGAAUAUCCACAUCGGCAGGAAUAUCCGACUUUAGAUCGAAGAACGGCCUGUUUUCAGAGAUAAAAAAGAGAUACGGAUACUCGGGCGAAGACAUUUUCACACACUCCGUGGUGUACGGCAGCGAGCAGGCCAUGGAAAUAUACAUAGAGCUAAUUUCAGAAAUGAAAAAGUUUCUGGUUGAGGCUGUUCCCACCCCCUCCCACAAAAUGCUUGCGCAUCUGCAGCGCGCGCAUAAAGUGAGCAUAUACACGCAAAACAUAGACGGCCUGGAAGGCAGGGCCGGGCUUGAGCGCGGAGUAUACUAUUUGCACGGAAGCCUAGACAGCUUGGCAUGCACAUACUGCCACCACCGCACGCCCUAUACGCUCGAGCACAACAAGAUGCUGGCUCAGCGCAUUCCGUGCGAGUCUUGCGCCAAAAGAAGGGCAGAGCGGGAGCAGCAGAAGAAGCGAAUGCUUCCGCAGGGAACAAUGAUGCCGGACAUCGUGCUCUAUGGCGGGCCGCACGACACUACCGAAACUGCACGGUCUGUUGCCAAAGAAAAAGACACGGCCUUGCUCAUUGUCAUGGGAACAAGCCUCCGCGUGUUUGGGGUUAAGAAUCUUCUGAAGACCAUCAGCAAAACAGUGAAGAACAAUGAGGGCGUGCGCGUGUACGUGGGGAUUGAGCCGCCGCCCAAGCCCAUGCAGGUGUACUUUGACUACUGGAUAGAAGGAAAGUGCGAUGACUUUUCUAAGACUCUAAUGGAUACCAUUCAGGGAAGCCUUCUCCUUAAGAAAAUCAAGCACUCCAGAGAAAUAGACCACCUUGUUGGGUCUAUGAAGAGGCUGUCUAUUGACCCAGGCGUGGACUGGGCCAGGCUUCUUUGCUCAAGAAAGGCCAGCUGA